UUGUUACCAAAGCUUAAGCUGCAUAAUUUUUUUUAUAUGCUCACCACCACGGCUCUACUAAAACCACAUAUCAAUCAAAACUCUCUUGGUCCAUACAUAUCUCAAGUUUCUAGUGAUGGGGUUGAUUGGAGCCAGACCUUAUUGCAGACUCAAAGUUUAGAGCUGCCAAAACCUCCUCCGAUGAGGCGACGACAACAACAACAACAACAACAACAGCAACAAAAUCAGCAGCAGCAAUCCGAUCCAUUGAAGUGCCCAAGAUGUGAAUCAACAAACACAAAGUUCUGUUACUACAACAACUACAACAAGUUACAGCCUCGGCAUUUCUGCAGAGCUUGCAAAAGGCACUGGACUAAGGGCGGAACUCUACGCAAUGUUCCUGUGGGUGGCGGCCGCAAGAAUAAGCGGCACAAAAAAUCAACCACCGCUGCCUCUGCCAGCACCAGCACUAGUACUGCUCACGCAGCCACCACCAACAGCACCAAUACCGACAUCAAUAAUAGAUUCGCUGCCCACAUGUUAAUUGAAGCUCAGCAGCAAAGGCAGAAUCUUCCUGCUCUUUCACUUGGUGAUCACAAAAGCAUAUCUGAAAUCCUCUUUCAUUCACUGAUUCGUUCACCAUCUUCGAUGCAACAUCAGAAUUUGAUCAAUUCCAGCAACAACAUGGACAGCAAAAAUUUCAGCAGCAACAGUAACAUUCAUAUGGGUUCAACUCUGCCUCUUCCUUCAGGCCAAAGCCUACACUUUCCAUUUUCAAGCUCAAGCUCUUUUAACACCAACCCAUCUUCAAUUUCAACCUCUUUACAUUCUUCAAGUGUCUAUAAUUACACUGAAGGAUUCAAAACCAUUGAGGAGCCAACCAUUACCAGUAUCAUGGCCAAUACAAGCACCUCUGCCCCACAGCCAUGGCAAGUACCUACUACAACAAGCAGUACCAUGGACAUGACAACUUACUGGAACUGGGAUGACAUUGAUACCUUUGCCUCUACUGAUCUCAAUCUACCAUGGGAUGAUUCUGAUAUCAAACCAUAGAAGACUUUAACCAUGUUAGCAUUGUCCAUAAUUUUGAUUUUUAGUUUGGUAUUUAUGUUUGAUAAGAAUGAGUUCAAAUCUUCAAUGUAAUAGUAUUUGUAUGUCUGUGUGUGUCUUGGUUGCUAAACUGUUUGAGGCUCUUUUUUAGUUACUGCUUCAGGCUAAGGUGUCCCUCUCUAUCUUUUCCUUAAUUAGAUGGAAUUGUAUCAUGUAUGAUAUGUAUGUUAGGUAGAUUAGUUUUGUUCUUCACCAUAUAUAGAUGUUGAUAGAAUUUUGGGUGUUUUA